CUCGAGUAAGGGAGAGCGGGCUCCUCGCCGAAAUUAGGUUAAUUAUUUAGCACUGCCAGUCUGGGGACUUUUAAUGGCGCUAGACAGCACUUAGAAGUUUUAUUUAAGAUACAGGAUAAAGUCUGUUUAAUUGCAGUUAAUGUCUUAAGGAUAAAGAUUACCCAGAGAGAGAGAGAGAGAGAGAGAGAGAGAGAGAGAACUUGUGAGGCUUUCCUGUCCUCUAGGUGCCAGUGAGAUUCUUGUCCUUCUACAGACUGCUGUGCUCCAUGGGAGGCUUCCUGAAGCAUUUUGUGUGACCUUGGAGGAGGUUCUGAGAGAAAGAAAGAAUAUUCAAACAGUCACUUACUGAUCUCCACUUGAGAGAAGGCUCAGUGAGAUAGAAAACAGCAGCAUGAAUGAGAGUGUUGGUGAUGGAGGGUGCAGCGAUGCCAGUUCACUUCGCAUGGAUCUCUCCAAUCUUGUGACCUGGGCACACACUCAUGGGACCAUAUGCAAUCAAAUCCCAGCCUUGGAAAUUGUGCAGAACAUGGGUCAUCCUAGCAAGGACAAUUCUGUUCUGUGGAUAUGUGGAGUUGGACAUGCGUAUCACUGGCAGUGUGGAAAAUUAUACAUCAGAAGCAGAGAAGAGAAUGAAACUGUAGAAAAGAGAAAGAGGUUAGUAUCUUCUGAGGUGCCAUCAAGGGAAGCUAAUUUAGAUGAAAAGAGGUUCAGGAUGACCCCAUCUUUUGAGAGGGCUAAAGCAGAUGCUGUUAGCACAGGGUCACGUAGCAGAUCUCCAGGGGUCACUCAGCAGAAAGAUGACACAGUCUACAUAACAUGUAAUGAACCAUCACCCAGAGAAAAUCGGAAAAGUAGCAAAGUAGCAUGCUUUGCAGCAGAGCAGCAUUUGUCAAUAUCUGGUGGUGAGGUCAAAACUGACAGACAUAAGGUGAAGCUAGAAAGUAACGAAGAUCUACAAAUCAUAUCUGAUGAAGAACAGUGUAUAUCAGAUGAAGACGACCAAGGAGACAGAAUCAGCCAGAAUACUCUGUCAGAAUCACCAAUUAAAGGUGUGACUGCUGAGGUAGAUUUGCAAAUGCAUCACACACAGAUGGCAUUUAACAAGCCGACAGCCACCCAAACAUCUGGCUUCGCACCCAUAGGAAAGCCACCCCUAACUCUUGCCUGCAUUCUAAAGUCCCCUGUCAGCAAUCAAGAGAGCCUGGACAGAAGCUUCUUGAGGUUAGGUCCUCUUAAUCCUGCAGGGUCCAUAACUGAGACUUCUAGAGCAAGAAAUUCCGCUGGAUCAGCAAUACCAAAAGAACAUUUUAAAUCUCAGCAACUCCAGCUGAGCCCUCCUGAGCAUAGUGUACCAGGUAUAGGCUUAAGUGGGAACAUUACUGAAAACCCUGCUGAGGAGAGUGAACCGUCAGGAUCUGGGCAUGCACCUCAUCUUUCAGCCUUAUUGAGUCCAGAGAGCGAGAAUGCAGACCAUCCACCUGCAUCUUCAAACAAAAAUGUGUCGAAGAAGUGGGAGAAAAAGAGAAACCGCAAUGCUGGCGAUAUAAAAGUUUUCAAAGACUGGCUGGUUUUACAUUGCCCUUCUGAAAUGCGCGAGAUCUAUAAGCUGCCACCCAAAGACCUCGAUAGUUACCUGGCCUUGUUCUACAGUUCUGCAAAGAGACAGAACGGCACAGAUUUCUCUGCCAGUUCUUUGCACUUCUUUCAGAGCAGCAUAGAGAGGUACCUCAAGGAUCACAACUACGAGUACAGCGUGGUUAAAGGAUUGGAAUUCAGAGCGUCUCAGGAAGCCUUGAAACUAAAGCAUCAGCACCUAUCUCAAAAAGAGAGAGAGGGAGAGUGGAAUAUUUUGGAGAACCUGACAGAUGAAGAUGUGGAAAGUCUUCGUAAGAAGGGACUUUUAAGUAAGACGCACCCUCACGGCUUUUUGCACCUCAUGUUCACAAAUAUCAUUAGGGGGUUUGGGGCAAGUACACAUAGUCGGAGCCAUAACGUGUACUGGGGACAGCUUGUGCUAAAAAAGAAUGAGGGAGAGCUAGAGUACUUGGAGUGGAAGGAUGAUCUGAGUGCAGAGGUACAUACAGGGGAGUUGGGUCCACGUCUCUUUGCCAAGCCUGACAAUCCAGAUAACUGUCCAGUCACAGAUUAUAAGGAGUAUGCGAAGAGGAGGCCACUGGAUAUGCUUCAUGACUACGAUCCACUUUAUCUAGCUCCCAAGCCUCUGUGCUCCAUAUGGGACCAAAUAUGGUACUGUAGAAAGUCACUGACAAAAGCCAAAAUGGAAAAGAUCUUGAAAGUGAUUAUCCAGCAAGUCAAAGGACCUGUGAAGAAGUCCAAGAAAUAAAGGUACCUGUUUAGUUUCUGCUGUGCCACUUUUUGAUAGGAGUACGUUUCAAAGUAGCCUUUGAAAGGUUUAAGUGGCAAUGUUUAGUAUAGGUUGAGGAGAACAUCCUUCUCCUCAGUUUCACCUUAGAACAUAAGUAAUCUACAAAUUUGCAUCACCUUAGCUUCCAGGUUAAGUGAAAAACUUCUGUUGUUCUUUCUAUUAAUGGAAUUGAUAAUUCAGUAAGUUAAAUAAAUAGGAGAAUCUUAGGUUUCACGUUUGCAAAACAAGUUACUAUUCUGUAUUAUUAAUGACAUGAUAAAACAGCUAAUGUUAACAUGGAGAGGGCUCAGUAGCUGAAUCGCUUGGCUAGGUGUUUAAGCUGCACUCAUAUUUAGGGGAGCUGACACUUGUAAACAGCAUUUAGUCUGUAGUAUAGGCCUAUCAUAAAGAGAUAAGUAACAGGAGUUAGUUCUGGGGUGGAAGGAGAAUGAUGAAAUGCCACAUUUGCCAACUGCUGAUCCAUAUCUCAUGGGAACGCUUCCAACAAGGUCUAUGUCAUUUUUCUUAGUGAAGGAUUUGUAGAUGUAAGAACUUGUGACUGUGUUUUAAAAAGUUACUUAAAAUGGCUGACAGCGUUGAAAGGUUUUAUGGUAAGUGUUUUCCCCAGAGUGCUAAAUAUAGCUACAUAAAUACACUUUGGUAGACGUAGUCAACUUUUUUUCAGCUGUUCAAGUACUAUGCAGUCAAUAUGUUGUCUUACAGUCCAGUCAAGUUGUUGGGUUGAAUUGUUGACAUAACCCAAUAAAAGAACA